CCUAAAAACAUCGUUUGCUCUGAGAGUGAGAGAGAGUGAACCAGAGCUUGUGUAACCAUUGAAGGAGAGUGGAUAAGGUUAUAGCUUUAUUUUACUUGUUAAAAGCCUCUGCUUUAAACCCAGGUAGACUGUUCUUCCAUUGAACUGCUCUUUCAAUUUCCAGUUUCAUCUCUUUUUAUGUAAACUGAGUUCUGGUUCUAUCUAUAAUCGCACACAAUGUACUGCAACUUGACAAGGAUCCAAGCUUUUCCUAUAGCUAUCAGAUUUUCUUCCCAAACUUUACCCAGUUGUUGUCCAAAACCCUGCUUAAACCCUCCAUUGAUGUAUAGCACUCAUAGAGCUAGCAGUGUGGAAAAAAGUGGGUUUAGGAUUAGAACUGCUGUGGAAUGUUGUGCUUUGGUAAGAGCUAGAGGUUUAUCGAGUUUGAAUUCGGAAAGAGUUGGUGAAGAUAGGGUUUUUACUGGAGCAGGAAAAUCAUUACCUUGGUUAGAUUCUGGGAGAGUGAAUGGAGUGAAAAAAUCACAUAAAGUGUCGGUUGCGAAGACGGGUAGUCGUUCUUCUUGGGAGGAAUCAUUGGAUAGAUUGAAAGAGAAUCACAGCUCGUCUUUGGAGGAAUCAAUGGAUACUAAAGAGAGUAGAUAUAGAAAAGUAGAUAUGAUAAGGGAUCAUCGUAAUGGACCUGAUGGCAGGCGAGGUAGAAAGGAUGAAACUGAUGAAGAAAAAGAAGCGAUGACAGAAGAAGAUGAGGUUGUCAAUGAUCCAAGAUGGGAUAAGAUUAAGGGAAGGUUUAGAGGAAUGGUAGACACUAAAUUUGGGUCUGAGAAACCGGAGUUUCGAAGAUGGAAUAAGCAGGAAAAUUGGGGCAGAAAAACAUGGAAAGAGGCUACUGAAUCAACUUUACCUAAGAUGGUUGGUGAAGGGGUUUAUGGUGUAGGUCCUGUUUUGGCUGCAUUGUCUGCUGGAAGAAGGGAAUUCUACGCUUUGUAUGUCCAAGAAGGAUUAGAUUUGAGUAGUAAUAAUCGGAAAAAGAAGGAUAAGAAAGGAUUCAAGAAAGUGUUUGAGAUGGCCCAAAAACUUGGCUUAAAUGUAAAGGAUUUUUCAAAGCAUGAUCUGAAUAUGGUUGUUGAUAAUCGCCCCCAUCAAGGUUUGGUGCUUGAUGCUUCUCCCCUUGAGAUGGUGAAGAUAAAGGAAUUAGACCUUUUAUCUGAUGAAGAGAAAGGUUCUCUUUGGGUAGCUCUAGAUGAGGUUACCGAUCCUCAGAAUUUGGGUGCAAUAAUUAGGUCAGCUUAUUUCUUUGGAGCCUCAGGGGUUGUGCUAUGUGCUAAAAAUUCGGCCCCGUUAAGUGGUGUCGUAAGCAAGGCAAGUGCCGGCUCACUCGAAUUAAUGGAGCUUAGAUAUUGCAAGAAUAUGAUGCAAUUCUUAAUUUCCUCGGCCGACAACGGUUGGCGGGUUCUCGGGGGUUCUGUUUCUUCGAAAGCUGUUCCCUUGAAUGAGGUUUUGCCAGGUGUGCCGACCAUUCUUGUUUUAGGCAGUGAAGGGACUGGCUUAAGGCCUUUAGUGGAGAGAUCAUGCACUCAGUUAGUUAGGAUCCCGGGAAAUAUUCCUACAGACAUAGCAGCCGGAGAGGUUGAUGAUACGGAAACUACAGGCAUAGCAGCCGGCGAGGAGUUCCGGUCCUUUCUGGCAGUCGAGAGCUUGAAUGUCAGUGUCGCAGCAGGUGUGCUUCUUCACCACCUAACUGGAAGCAGCCAUGGUAUUGAUUCUCCAAUCAAUGACAAGCCAACUGAUAUGCAUCAAUGAUUAUUCCAUUUCCGAUGCAUUGAGCUUAGUAUCUAUAUAGUCAUCUUUUAAUACUCGUUACUGAAGUUUUAUCACCAUUUGUAAGGCUUUCUC